AUGUUCAUGAACGGCUCGUCGUUCGAUGACGACGCCCCCUCCCGUGGCGGGUCGAGGGGGCGGAAGGGAGGGCGCGACGACGAGGUGUCGGACGCGGUGGAGGUGCUCACGCUGGACGACCACCGCACGGGCAGCGGCGGCAUGUCCGCCCACCCGAACUCACUCAAGGACGACGACGAUCUGGAAGGAGAGGUCGGAGGCGCCGAGUACCUCUCGGGCGCGCGCUCCAGCGUCAUUCAGCAGCAGCGCGAGCUGCAAAAGAAGAAGCUCCAGGAACGCAUGGGCGGGGGUGUGGUGCGCACUUCACUCCCUAAGCAGUACUCCGCUCCGCGCUCAAUGGACGUGGAUGAGAGACCCUCGCGCUUUGGUCGUGACGAUGACGAGCUAGACGAUGAUGCUACUGGGGGUCGGCCUUCGGUGCGUCGAGCUGGUUCAUCGCGCCAAAACGUCGAUAGCCGUGGUAGUUCAGGGGGGCAAGCCUACUCCCGACGCAGCCGCGAUGACGACGACGAUGACGAUGAUGACCGGCGCCCGAGCCGCCCCGGGGGUUCUCACCGAGACCGUGAUCGCGGCCGAGACUAUGACCGCGACUACGAUCGAGACCGCGGCCGAGGAGGCAGCCGCGACCGAGACCGUGACCGCGACAGGGGCGGCCGGGGCGAUCGCGGAUACUCGCGCGACCAAGACCGCGACCGGGAGCGUGGCCGAGGUCGCGACCGUGAUCGAAGCGACAGCGAUGACUCGGAUCGCGAUCGCUCUCGAACGCGAGGUGGAUCUCGGCGUAGCAACUACGACGAUGCGCCACCCAAGAACACCAAGCGCGGAUCAACGAACAGGCGUGAUGACGACGAUGAUGAUCGCCGCGGUGGCUCUGGCGGACGUGGAGGAUUCACUCGUAGCGCAAGAGGACGCUCGCAUUCCCGGUCGCGUUCGCGCUCGAGAUCUCGUUCUCGAUCCCGGUCGCAGUCCAGGUCGGCGUCGGAUGCCUCGUCGGACGAUGAUCGCAACCGCAACGCGCCGACUUCCUACGAUCCGUCGUCGAAUGGUCGCGACGCGGACCGAGCGCGCGCUGCCGCUGCGAACGUGCGGAAGCCGAAGCUUGACAUCACGGACAUGCGCGCCUUCAUCAUGCGCCCCAUUCCCAAGGCGUACGACGUGGUGGAGUGCUACAUUGAGCGCAACAAGUCAGGCGCCAACAAGAUGUUCCCUGAGUACUGUCUGUACAUGAAGGAGGGCGACCGCUUCCUGCUCACAGCCAAGAAGCGUCCGAAGAACCGCACGAGCAACUACUUGAUCUCAUUACAGCGCGGCGACUUGCUGCGUCGGGGCAGUGACAAUUACGUGGGCAAGCUGCGCGCAAACUUCUUGGGAACAGAGUUCACCAUCUACGACAACGGGUCAAACCCGAAAGAUGCCGACCAACAGACGAUUACUAGCAACCCCGCGGGCAUCCGUCAGGAGCUGGGUAUCGCCAUGUACGCAGCCAACGUUCUGGGCCACCGCGGGCCGCGGAAAAUGAAGGUCUGCGUGCCGCGAGUGCGUGAAGAUGGCACGCGCGUAGUGUGGAGACCGCUCAACAAGGAGGACGAGAUGGUCAACAAGUGCAAGGAGCAAGACCACACCAACCUCACGUACCUUAUCAACAAGCCGCCGCGCUGGAACGACCAGGUGUGCGCGUACGUGCUCAACUUCAACGGCCGCGUGACCAUGGCCUCCGUCAAGAACUUCCAGCUCGUGACACCGGAGGACCAAGAGACGGUCGUGCUCCAGUUCGGCCGAGUCGGCAAGGACCUCUUCACUAUGGACUUCCGAUGGCCACUUUGCCCCCUCCAGGCCUUCGCCAUCACACUCAGCAGCUUCGACUCAAAGCUCGCAUGCGAAUAA